AUGCCUCGAUCAUCCGCAUCUCCAGCUCGCGUACGGCCUCCCUCCCGCCAAUCAACCCGGGCGAUCACUCCUGCUCUUACCAAUCCAAACUUUAUCCAACCAAACCGAGAUGGCCGUAAAUCGCUUGCUUCAACUCCAAUUUCAGCUGCAAAACACGCCCAAGCAAGAUCGAUCUUGACAGCGGAAAGCCCCCAAACCUCAAGAAAUGCGAAGAGGAAGCAAAGUUCACGAGUGGUUGAAUCUGAUCUAGAGAGUGGCUCCCUCGCUGAGCAUCCCCAAAAUGCAAUCGAUAUCCAACAAGAUUCAGAAGACGAAAACUCCAAAGUUAAAACCGCCCGAAAAAAGCGAAAGAAGAGGGAUGAUGAUCUUAACUUGGAUGAUGUCGAGGAUUUCUUCCAUAAGCCCACAUUAGCUGAUGGUCAGGCCCGGAACCGCUCCCUGCUGCUCUAUGCGCUCUCCAUCGGCGUCGCCACCCUGGGCCUCUCCUAUGCAGCCGUGCCCCUGUACCGGGUGUUCUGCUCGGUGACCGGAUACAACGGCACCCCGCUCACCUCCGCCGCCAACGACGGCACCGGCAAGUUCGCCCCCGCCCGCAUCGCCCGCCCCGUCGGCUCCAAGACGAUCACCGUCCGCUUCAACGCCGACAAGAGCGACUCGCUCGACUGGAAGUUCUGGCCCUGCCAGAAGGCCCUCGCCGUCCGGCCCGGCGAAACCGUGCUCGCCUUCUACAAGGUCAAGAACCUCACCGACCACGACGUCCUCGGCGUCGCCACCUACAACGUCACCCCCGCCCAGGUCGCGCCCUACUUCGCUAAGGUCGAGUGCUUCUGCUUCGACGAGCAGCGCUUGCUGGCCGGCGAAGAGGUGGACCUGCCGAUAUUCUUCUUCAUCGACAAGGACUUCGUCGACGACCCGCUCAUGCGAGACAUCGACGACAUCGUCCUCAGCUACACCUUCUUCAAGGCAAAGCGGAAUUCGUACGGCUAUAUGGAGCCCGACGUCCCGGCCAACCACAAGACUCCCGACACCAGCCCCGCGUCCCUUCAUGGCCAUCCCAAGCCCGCUAACCCCCCCGUCGCUGCCACCCCGCCCCAACCAACAAACGCCAGCGCCACCACAGAACGCUAG